AUGGGACAGCAAGAAUCUACCGUACGACUUCGUCUUCAAAGAGGUCAUGAAGGCAUUCUUUACAAAGGUGGGUAUCGAGUAAAGCCUGGUGGUGCUCAGACUUCCAAAACACUAAAAAUAAGAGUUAAUUCAGAUGUGAUUUCUAUCAAUGUUCCCGAUGAUUCUUUGACUUGCGGCUGAUUGCUUUCUGAAGCAAUCAGAACUCUUAAUUCUCCCAGCCCAAUUGUAGCGUUCCGAACAGCCGCAAAAUCUGAUAUUUUGGACUAUCUGCUUACCCUUUACGAAAGAUCAUUAUCCCCUUUCGAGGACAAUGAAGAACUUAUAGCUGUAUUUGGAGAGCUUCUAGACCAGGAAAUUUCAUGUAAGCACUUCAGCCCUAUAAAAGUGGUUGGGAAGGGAGGAUUUUCAACUGUCAUUCAGGUUAGGAAAAAGGAUACUGGACUUCUUUAUGCCAUAAAAACAAUAAGUAAAGACUUUGUCAGAAAAGAAAUAAAAGUUGCACAAAUUUUGACGGAAAAAGAUAUUUUGAUGAGGAUGGCACAUCCUUUUAUUGUCAAGCUGCAUUGGGCUUUCCAAACUGCUGAAAAAUUGCAUUUAGUCAUGGACUUAUGCCCGGGUGGUGAACUGUUUUUUCAUCUUCAUAACUUAGGAAGAUUUACUGAAGACCAAGCAAGGGUUUAUUUUGGAGAAAUACUGAUGGGAUUAGAGUAUUUACACGAUAAUGGGAUCAUUUAUAGAGACUUAAAGCCAGAAAACAUUUUACUUGAUAUUGACGGACAUAUACGUUUAACUGACUUUGGGUUGUCAAAGCAAGGAAUUCCUUAUAGUGGCAAUAAGAAAUACAAUGGUAAUCUGGCGAAGAUGGAAUCUGAGGGCACUCACAUAAAGCAGGUUGGAAUUUCGGCUCUUUCGAACGAUAGAAGAUACGGUGUUUCCCUAAAAUCCGGAUAUAUUAUUUCAGUAAGUUUAAAGUUUCUAUAUAUCAUAGUUAUUCGGAUUCAUUGUUUCCUGCAAAUACUAAAAAUCAAAAUUAAGUUUACUAGAAAAAAAAAAUCCUACUCAUUUAUACACAAGAGAGGCUUAUUCAUUAAAUUACAGAAUUAUAGGUCAUGAAAUAACGAACCUGUUCUUAUACUACGAGAAAUAUUCAGUCAUUUCAUAAGAAUAUAAGCCAUGGAAAUCUAUAAAAUAAGAGAAUAAGGAGUCUAAUAGUAAAAAAUGAUGAAUGCUUAUAUUAUUAGUUUAAAUAAGUCAACGUGAUAUUAAAUAUCAGAUCCAUUUGCUUCUUAAAAAACGAAAAUGUUUCGUUUUUUAAGGAAACAACGGUUUGAUAGAUAUGAAAAGAUAAUUAUGAAAACUGCAUUCCUAUGCGCAUUUUGAUGUCAAAUAUUCUUACAGAAACAUAUAACAAUACGCGCACAAGACUAUCAAAAAACGGAGCAAAUGCAAGCAAUCUUUGCAGAUCAAAUUUCUGAUUUUAUAGACAUAUAAGUAAGAACCUUUUACAAACUGAAAAUACAAAUCUGUUUUUUCAUUAAAUUACGAAUUAGUUCAUUCCUUAAAAUUUCCGGGAAUUGGAGCUCCUUAAAAAAAACUUUUUUUUUAUGCUAAAUUUUUGAACCCAUUUUUCAUAUUUCACUGUAUCUGCUUCUUAGAUAGCAAUUAUCUUGCUUGAGUAAUUAUGAAUAAAUUAAUUGCUUACUCCCCCCCCCCCUCCGUGAGUGAACAAAACCAUUAGAAAAAUCCCUAUUUUUUGCCCCAAAAACCCACCCUCCGUGAGUGAACAAAAAUUUUUUUAAUAGAAAAAUUUUUUAUGGAAAAAAAAAAUUGAUAUAUAAAUGAUAAUUAGUAUAAUGAAAUCUAGAGCUAAUUCUGUUUAAUUUUAAAUGAAUUGCUUUUUAAAACAUAAAUUUUAUAUAUUAAAUUAAUAAUAUUUGCUUUCCAAUUUUUGCGAGUUAGGAUUUUUUUAAAUUUCGAAAAAAAAAUUUUUUAUAAAAUUUAUAUAUAUAAAUUUUUUAAAAAAAAAAAUUAACCCCCCUCCGUGAGUGAACAAAAUUUUUUUGUUCACUCACGGAGGGGGGGGGAGUUAUAUAUCUAUUUAAAAUUAACGCAAACAUUAUUGUAGAAGUCCUGCGAAAAAUACGUUCUACAGUAAUAUUACAGUUAGCAAUAUAUAUAAAUAUAAUACUUUAAAUCUUACUAUAAAAUCCUCAGGUUUAAUAAGCCAUAUUGCAGUCCACAUAUCAAAAAUUUAAAAAUACUGUAUUAAAUGGUGUUACAGACUUUAUGUGCAAAUUAUUUAAUAAUUUUCGCGCCAUUAUAAAAUAUAAUGGCGCAAACAUACAAAAUAUAUACCUACUUACUUAUUGCUUAAUUAUUCGGUGUUUAAGGUGUCUAGCGCCGCAGCCCUAAAAAGGAAUUUUUAGCUAAACUAGUGACGUCACGGAGCCAUCUUGGAAUCGCGUGGUCAGCCUAACCGGCCAAGCCUUCUAUCAACGUUAGUCUCCAGUCGCUUGCACGUCCCACCCGGCGCGUUGCCGUCGCUCGCCCUAAAUCAGCUCCUGCGUGUGUUCCGCCUAAAGGUUAUCUUCCCGUGGAGAUAUGCUGAUAGGUAAAACUCUGAGCCUAUUGAGUGGUAUUCUACUUUCAGUGGCUACUAGAUUGCAACAGCAAGCUGGAAAGGGUUCUCUCUCUUUAAGAGAAAUACUAAAUAUUAGUAAUUUCUCUUAAUUCUUCAAUUAAUACAGUGAAAUAUGAAAAAUGGGUUCAAAAAUUUAGCAUAAAAAAAAGGUUUUUUUUAAGGAGCUCCAAUUCCCGGAAAAUUUUAAGGAAUGAACUAAUUCGUAAUUUAAUGAAAAAACAGAUUUGUAUUUUCAGUUUGUAAAAGGUUCUUACUUAUAUGUCUAUAAAAUCAGAAAUUUGAUCUGCAAAGAUUGCUUGCAUUUGCUCCGUUUUUUGAUAGUCUUGUGCGCGUAUUGUUAUAUGUUUCUGUAAGAAUAUUUGACAUCAAAAUGCGCAUAGGAAUGCAGUUUUCAUAAUUAUCUUUUCAUAUCUAUCAAACCGUUGUUUCCUUAAAAAACGAAACAUUUUCGUUUUUUAAGAAGCAAAUGGAUCUGAUAUUUAAUAUCACGCUGACUUAUUUAAACUAAUAAUAUAAGCAUUCAUCAUUUUUUACUAUUAGACUCCUUAUUCUCUUAUUUUAUAGAUUUCCAUGGCUUAUAUUCUUAUGAAAUGACUGAAUAUUUCUCGUAGUAUAAGAACAGGUUCGUUAUUUCAUGACCUAUAAUUCUGUAAUUUAAUGAAUAAGCCUCUCUUGUGUAUAAAUGAGUAGGAUUUUUUUUUUCUAGUAAACUUAAUUUUGAUUUUUAGUAUUUGCAGGAAACAAUGAAUCCGAAUAACUAUGAUAUAUAGAAACUUUAAACUUACUGAAAUAAUAUAUCGGAUUUUAGGGAAACACCGUAUCUUCUAUCGUUCGAAAGAGCCGGAAUUUCUACACUUGCUGAGUUCGGGCGCUUGCGUUUUUUUACUUUUUUCAGUAGACUAAGGUGUGGGCAUGCUGCUGCAGAGGGAGUUUUUUCUACCACUAAUUUUUUUAUGGGGACGCUUUGGCGCAGUAAGGAGCUGAACCUUAGGUCUGAUGGCAAAUAUUGAAAACUCAGAAGGGCAAGCCCAUGUUUCCUAAUUUGAACUCCAAGAUAUAGAGUAGCUUUGAUGCUUAGCGGUAAACUCCACAAAUGGCCGAUACUUAAUCUUAAUCUUAUAAUGGGCAGACGUAUAGUUUUUGUGGAAGCCCAGAAUAUAUGAGUCCAGAGAUGCUAAGAGGACAAGGACAUGGGAGAGCUGUGGAUUAUUAUAGUUUAGGAGCUCUUCUUUACGAAAUGCUAACUGGCUUACCACCCUUUUAUGAUUCAAAUAGGUCGAAAAUGUACUGAAGGGUCCUGAAUGAAGACUUGCCACUUCCAAGCUUCAUCUCCAAAGUAGGUCGCUCAUUCCUAUCAGAAAUCCUCCAUAAAGACCCAAGUAGGCGUCUAGGUAUAAUCAAUGGUUUCCAAGACAUAAAAUCCCACCCAUGGUGCUCCAAAAUUAACUGGUCAAGACUCUAUAAAAAGAAAAUUCUUCCUCCAUUUCGGCCAAACCUUCGCAUGUGCAAUUUUGAUCCUGAAUAUACUAGUAUGGAGCUAGAUUUGGAUUUCAUAAAGUCCAGUCCGAACGCAUAUGAUGAAGAAUUUGCUGAUUUCGAUUAUUCUGGCGAUGGCAUUAUAAAAGACACUCCCAACUCUUUGUCUUCAAUUGAAGACUUAUCAUCAAUUUCGACCACAACAAGCAAAUCAACUGGAGUAGUGUCAGCAAGCAGUAGUCAUAUAAAAAUCCCAGUCAUUUUUGAAGAGGACGAAGAAGAAAAGCCAUUGAAAUUGACAAAAAUGAAGUCAACACAAAACAAAGAUGAUACUACACCUGUGCCUGAUUAUGAUGAAACCUUCGUUUUUACACCCCCAAAAAAAACCCUAGGAUUUUCAUUGCAAGCAUUAAAAACCAAAACGCCAAGAAAACUCAUUGAAGCAAACCCCUUCAAAAGUAAUGCAAGACAAGCUGUAAGAAUAUAUCCUCUUGAUAAUAAGCCAAGUACACCACAAAGUACUGAGGCUCAUGAUAUGCCCACUUUAACACUGCCUUCAUAUGAAAAUCCUGAAGAAGGCCAAGAGGUUAAUGAAAUUCCCAAUUUUGAUCCAAAGCAUUAA